AUGAUGGAUAGCUUUCUAUCUCUUUCCUUGUUACUGCUAAUUUUAUCUAAAUGUAACUAGGCAUAAACUAUAGAUUACAUUAAAAUAAAAUUUCUUCAUAAGUGCGAUGAUGGCAAUAUCUUUACUUUUGAUGGUUGUUUUAAUUUAUAAUAAUUAUGUUAAGAAUCAUGUCAGGUUUGUUUAUAUGGAGAAUGCCUUUUGUAUGAAGAAAAUGAAAAAAUUUUGUGUGUUUCCGGUGAAUGUGUAAUGAUUCAAGAAGUUGUCAAUCCAUUAAUUUCAUCCUAAAAAAGCUCAGAUAUAAUGUUCUAAAAUUAAAAUGGAUAACCUAUCUGUGGGGAUAAUAAAAUUUCUGGGGAUGAGUAAUGUGAAGAUGGCAAUGAUAUUCCUUUUGAUGGAUGCUUUAAUUGUAGAUAUUAGUGUGAGGAAUUAUGUUUAAUAUGUAUUAAGGGUUAUUGCAUUUAAAAGGAUACACGUAAUUAUAAAUCAGAAUUAUUUAACAUAUAAUUUAACAUCACCUAUGAGCCAUCUAUUAUUAAUUCAUCUGAUGAUGAUAAAAUUCCAUAAAUUUUAAAAUGUAAAAACUUUGUUAAUAAUAUUUGUAUUUUUUGUAUCGAGGGAUAUUAUCUAAAUUCAGUUACUAAUUAGUGUAAAACACAUUGUGGAGAUUAUAUUGUUUAGGGUAAGGAAGAAUGUGAUGAUGGUAACUAAGAGAAUCAUGAUGGAUGUUCAUAAUGCAAAUUAAUAAAGUACAAUCAAUGUAAUUAAGAAGGAUAAAAUUUUUGUUCUGUUUGUGAAUAUGGGAAAUGUUUAAAGUGUAUUGAUGGAUACUUAUUAUAAAAUUAUAUCUGUACAACAUAAUGCGGAGAUGGAUAAGUUAAUGCUAUUGAAAAUGAAGAAUGCGAUAACCCUGAUGAUAAAGGUUGUAUACAUUGUAAGAUUCAUCCUUCUUAUAUAUGUGUAGGACCAACUUUUUCCCUUUGUCUUACUUGUGAAAUAAAUUGUAUCUAAUGUUAAAGUCUAGAUUAUUCACUCACUUGUCAAAAAUGUAUAGAUGGAUAUUAUCCUAUUGGAAAAUAGUGCAGACCUUGUGAUGAUAAUUGUGUAAGUUGUUAAGGAUAAUCAUUUCUUUGUACAUCAUGUUAUAGAAAAGAUUGUGAUUUUUGUGAAAAUUAUGAAGGAUUUUACACUGAUGUAGAAAAUAAAGUUUGUAUUACUAUUUGUGGUGAUGGGAUAUUAAUUAAAUAAUUUGAAGAAUGUGAUGAUGGUAAUUUAUUAGAUGAAGAUGGAUGUGAUUCUAAUUGUCAUUUAGAAGGAAAUAAAAUUGAUUACUCUAAUUUAUAAAUCUUAAAAUCAAUUAAACCCUAUUAAUAUCAAUUUUAAAUGGGAAAUGAAUAAAAUAAAUACACUUUAGAUUGUUAUAAUGCUAACAUUAAAAUAGAUUCUUAUAAUUCUAAUUAAUUUCAAUAUACAAUAGAAAGUUAAGAAGAUCUCUGUAUAAUCUAAUUUACAUUCUUUUCAACUAUUUAUUCAUAUAAUGUGAUUCAUGUUAUAUUUUAUUUUUAUGAAACUAAAUCAAGGAGUUUAUAAUAAUAAGAAAACACAAUUUAAUUUGACAUAAAACCUGAAGAAUUUAUUGUUAAAUCUGAUAAUCAAUUAUAAUAGGCUAAUUCAAUAUCUAAUGCAUAAGAAUCAUUUGGUUUUAUUUUUUUGAUUUUGAUCCCAAUAUCAAUUAUAACAAAUCUAUUUGAUUAUUUAUGGGCUGUUUUGGAGAUUUUAAGUUGGAUCAAUAACUUUUAUUUUUUAAAUGUUAAUUACCCUUUCAAUGUAGAAACAUUUUUAUUAAAUUCUGAUUGGUCAAAUUUUUUUAAUUUUCCAACUUAUUAAGGAUUGAAUUAACCUGAUUGUGAUUAUUAUUUUAAAGCUCCCUUGAGAUUUCAAUAUAAAGGAAUCAAUCCAUUAUUUUUUAAUAAUGUUUAGAUACCUUUGAUGUUUAUUUUCUCAUCCAUUGUUGUAUAUCUACUUAUUACAUUUCUUCUCAAGAUCUUGAGAUUGAAAAAUUAAACUUAAAUAGAGUAAAAAAUUAUUUAAUCUAAAAAAAAAUUUAGUAUUUUUAAAUUAAAUGAUAAUACCUAAACUUAAAAAUUAAAAAAUUAAGAAAAAAUAAAAAGUAAUAAAAAAAAAAAUUUCCGAAAUCAUAAAAUAUUAGAUUCUUUAAUCAAUUUGUUAUGUUUAGUUUAGAAAGAACUCAAAAAGAAAAUUAAAUAAACUGUUUCUUUAUGCUUUCUAGACAUAACUUUAGCUAUUAUGCUUUAAUUAAAUAAUGCCCAACACCUAAAUAAUUUUGUAGUUGCUAUUAAUUAGAUUAUUGCUUUUUUUUCAAUAAGCCUAAUCCUAUAUUAUUUAUAUGAAUGCUUUUAAACAAUUAACAUUCAUAAACAUUUAGCUGAGAAUUAGUUUUUUAAAGAAAAGUAUUAUAUUUACUAUGAAAAUGUUAAUACAAAUUCAAGUUAUGGUUAUAAGUAUAAAUUUGUUGGACUUUUAAGAAAAAUAUUCUAUAUAUUUUUUAUGGUUUAUUGUUAUGAUACUCCAUUGUUACAAACUCUUUGUUGUUUUUUAUCAAGUAAUUUAGGGUUGGCUCUUAUCUUAUACGAGAAUCCUUAUUAAACAAAAUUUUAAUUCAUUUUUUAAUUUUUCUCAGAUUUAAGUUUAAGUUCAAUACUUUUUAUUAUAGUUUUAUUUGCUUUUAAUGAUUAACGAUAGGUAUCAUUUAUUGAAGAUAAAAAAAUAAUUUUAGGAUGGAUAAUUAUAGCAUUUGUAAUAUUAGCUUUGUCAGUUGAAAUAAUAGUACUAUUUUUUUAAUUAAUAUUAUCAUUCUACUCUGCUUUUAAAUUAAUGAAAAGUUUAAUAAUGAGCAUUUUUAAAAAGAAAGAAGAGAAUUAAAAUAAAAUUGAAUAAUUUUAAGAUCGUUUGGAAAAUAAUUAGGUUCCAUAAUAAGAAUAAUAAGAAUAAUAAUCAGAAUAAUAAUAAGAAUAAUCAGAAUAAUAAUCAGAAUAAUAAGAAUAAGAAUAGGAGUUACAAGAUUAAAUGAAGUUCAAUAUUAAUAAAAGUGAAAUACCUAAUCAGUAAUCAGAAAAGAAUUUAGAUGAAAUGAAGUUAACAAAAUUAAAAAGUUAAACCAUAUAACUUACUUUAGAAAAAUAAACUUUAAAUAAUAUUUGUACUAUGAAUGAUUCUCAUAUAUAAUAUUGA